AUGCAGUCAUUGCGAUCGCAGCAGCCGCACUCGACGGGGGGAAUGAUGGCGAAAUCGAUCCUCAUGGGCAACGACGUGCUAUCCGGCGCGCAGGACCCCCGUCUGCUCCUGCUGCAGUCCGUCCUCACCUCCUUCCUACGUCCGUCCUGCCGCAUUCUAUCGCAUCCCCCACCCCCCCACUUCCCUUUUGCACAUCACAGGACCCCCGCCUGCGCCUGCGCCUGCUACAAUCCCUGCUCGCAUCUUUCCUCCCCACCUUGCAGGGUGCGGGCGGCUGUGGGGGUGCUACGGGAACAGCACGUGCUGGCCGUGGAACCGGACCGAGACCUCUCAAAGACGCUGGAACCCCACUGGGCGGCGGACCCCCGGCUGCGCCUUCGCCUGCUGCAGUCCCUCCUCACCUCCUUCCUGCCCGCCUCGCCCAAGGAUCCCAUCGACAUGGGCAGGGACCCCCGGCUGCGCCUGCGCCUCCUGCAGUCCCUCCUGACCUCCUUCCUGCCGGCCGCGCCCAAGGAUCCCAUCGACAUGGGCAGGGUGCGGGCAGCGGUGGGGGUGCUGCGAGAGCAGCACGUGCUGGCCCUGGAACCGGACUGGGCGGCCGUGGGGAGUAAUAAUGAUCCCAGGAGGCGCGCUGUGGACGCGUGGUGCAGCAGGGUAUUCGCGCUAUUGGCGUCCCCGCUGCCAGCCAAUCGGUGGGCGGCAUGUGUGCUGGCAGGUGCCACGUGUGCAGAGAGCACAGCUCAGCGCGUGGUUGACACGUACGCCAAGUGGUGGGGGCGGCUCGCCGCCCUGCUGAAGGCGAAUAAGACAAAAGGAGGCGGAGGGGGGAGCGAGAAGAGCGCGCAACAGCAGCAGGAGGGGAAGGAGGAGGGGGAAGAGGAGGGGGAUGAAGAGGGGGAAGCGGAGGGAGAGGAGGGAGAGGAGGUGAAGGAGGGGAGGGGGAUUGGAAGAGGGAAGGAGAAGGAGAGGGGGGGUGGGAAGGGCAAGGAGGCCAUAGUACAGGAUACGAUGUUUGUGCGCGUGGCUGCUGCUGCUGCCCUUGCUGACCUUUUCUCAAGGCUGGCAACUUUGUCUCAUGUGCAGAGCGUGCGUAAGGAGGCUAGCACUCUGGCCAGCAAGCUUUGGCCGUUUCUGGCAGAGAUGAUGGGUGGCACUGAGAGCACGCAGGCAUGGAGCGUGUGCCUCUCGCUGCUCUCUCUUCUGCUCCGCUCCUUCCCGUCCAGCUUCAAGCAUCACGUGGCAGCGGUAUUCCUGCUGCAGUCUUCUGGUGCUGCUCCCCCGUGCCUCCGAUCUAAUAGUCGCAACCAUUAUUUCCCCUUCCCUCUCCCACUCCCCCGCCAGUCCUGCUGCAACCUGCUGGUGCUGCUCCCCCGGGCCUCCAACGAUCCCGCCCUCUGGUCGGCUUUCAUGCGUCGCCUGCUGCUCUCCACCCACGCCGACCUUGACACUCUGCUUUCCGGCUUCGAGGAUGGUGUGGAUGUGCUGCCAGGUGUGGAUGUGCUGCCAGGUGUGGGUGUGCUGCCAGGUGUGGAUGUGCUGCCAGGUGUGGAUGUGCUGCCAGGUGUGGGUGUGCUGCCAGGUGUGGGUGUGCUGCCAGGUGUGGAUGUGCUGCCAGGUGUGGGUGUGCUGCCAGGUGUGGAUGUGCUGCCAGGUGUGGGUGUGCUGCCAGGUGUGGGUGUGCUACCAGGUGUGGGUGUGCUGCCAGGUGUGGGUGUGCUGCCAGGUGUGGGUGUGCUGCCAGGUGUGGAUGUGCUGCCAGGUGUGGGUGUGCUGCCAGGUGUGGGUGUGCUGCCAGGUGUGGGUGUGCUGCCAGGUGUGGGUGUGCUGCCAGGUGUGGUUGUGCUGCCAGGUGUGGGUGUGCUGCCAGGUGUGGAUGUGCUGCCAGGUGUGGAUGUGCUGCCAGGUGUGGGUGUGCUGCCAGGUGUGGAUGUGCUGCCAGGUGUGGGUGUGCUGCCAGGUGUGGAUGUGCUGCCAGGUGUGGGUGUGCUGCCAGGUGUGGGUGUGCUGCCAGGUGUGGAUGUGCUGCCAGGUGUGGGUGUGCUGCCAGGUGUGGAUGUGCUGCCAGGUGUGGAUGUGCUGCCAGGUGUGGGUGUGCUGCCAGGUGUGGGUGUGCUGCCAGGUGUGGUUGUGCUGCCAGGUGUGGGUGUGCUGCCAGGUGUGGAUGUGCUGCCAGGUGUGGGUGUGCUGCCAGGUGUGGAUGUGCUGCCAGGUGUGGAUGUGCUGCCAGGUGUGGGUGUGCUGCCAGGUGUGGAUGUGCUGCCAGGUGUGGGUGUGCUGCCAGGUGUGGAUGUGCUGCCAGGUGUGGGUGUGCUGCCAGGUGUGGGUGUGCUGCCAGGUGUGGAUGUGCUGCCAGGUGUGGGUGUGCUGCCAGGUGUGGAUGUGCUGCCAGGUGUGGGUGUGCUGCCAGGUGUGGGUGUGCUACCAGGUGUGGGUGUACUGCCAGGUGUGGGUGUGCUGCCAGGUGUGGGUGUGCUGCCAGGUGUGGGUGUGCUGCCAGGUGUGGAUGUGCUGCCAGGUGUGGGUGUGCUGCCAGGUGUGGAUGUGCUGCCAGGUGUGGAUGUGCUGCCAGGUGUGGGUGUGCUGCCAGGUGUGGAUGUGCUGCCAGGUGUGGGUGUGCUGCCAGGUGUGGAUGUGCUGCCAGGUGUGGGUGUGCUGCCAGGUGUGGGUGUGCUGCCAGGUGUGGAUGUGCUGCCAGGUGUGGGUGUGCUGCCAGGUGUGGAUGUGCUGCCAGGUGUGGAUGUGCUGCCAGGUGUGGGUGUGCUGCCAGGUGUGGAUGUGCUGCCAGGUGUGGGUGUGCUGCCAGGUGUGGAUGUGCUGCCAGGUGUGGGUGUGCUGCCAGGUGUGGGUGUGCUACCAGGUGUGGGUGUGCUGCUAGGUGUGGGUGUGCUACCAGGUGUGGGUAUGGUGCCAGGUGUGGAUGUGCUGCCAGGUGUGGAUGUGCUGCCAGGUGUGGAUGUGCUGCCAGGUGUGGAUGUGCUGCCAGGUGUGGAUGUGCUGCCAGGUGUGGAAUCAGUGCGAUCCAAGGCCCUGGCAACGCUCCUGCACUCCAGGAGUGCAGCUCUGCCAGUGCCUCUGGUGCCGGAGCAUGCACACUGGAUUGCUGCUAACUGCACCAAGUACGACGAGCAGCAGGAAACAGGAGGGCAGGGACAGCAGGGGCAGCAGGGGCGGAACAAGCAAGGAGGGCAGACGUCGAACCUAAAUGCAAACGGCAGCGGCAGUGGCGCCGGCAGCAGCAGCGGUGGAGAUCCCGAGGCGGUGUUUCGGCGGGUGGUGCCCCGACUGCAUGCGCUGCUGCUCACGUGCCAGCUGGCGAUCACUCAGGGGUUCUCUGCUCCGGUCCCAGCGCCCCUCUCUGCCCUGCUCGCUCUCACCCAUCGACUUGUCUCAGCUGACGCAGUCCCAGCGCCCCUCUCCGCCCUUCUUUCUCUCGCCCAACGCCUUGUCCCAGCGCCCCUCUCCGCCCUGCUUGCUCUCGCCCACCGCCUUGUUUCGGCCGAUGCUGUAAUUCGACUCACCCAAGUGGAGGGCACAGGGAUGGUUAUCCCUCUCUCUCUCCUCGCUUCUGGAGGGAGAGGAGGGAGAGGAGGAGGAGGGGGAGGGGGAGGAGGGGAUGGUUUUGAUGCGGGGGAAGGGAUGGACGGCAUGGGCUCGGCGUUUUCUGCCGCCCGCCAGCUGGCGCUGUGUGUGGAGCUGCCGUCGCUGCAGUGUGCUGGGCUGAGGAUGAUGCUGGCCGCGCUGCAGGGCGUGCGGAACCACAUCCUGCCCCAUGCAGCCACCAUCUCUCACACACUCGUGUCGGCCUUUCGCCGGGCAGCAGCAGCAGGGGAGGACGCCACAGCACUCCCUUUCAAGGCGCUGCUGUACCGCACGGCCACUCAGUACCUCUAUGCUCUGGGCGCGGCCACUCAGUACCUCGAUGCGCUGGGCGCUGGUGAGUCGUCUGGGUAUGUCGGUGCUGCCACACAGUACCUCCCUCCUUUCCCUGGGCGCAGGUGGGUUCAGGUGCCAGCCUGCAUGAUGACACAGAUCGCCCCCAUAGUGGUGGGGCGGGGCAUCACAGACCUCAAGCAGGCCGUGCCGGCGCUCUUCUCCCCGACCAACCAGCGCUCGCCAGGUGGCAGCAUGGCAUUCGACGCCGCUCCCGGCGCUGCAGCAGGCAGCGGGAAGCUGGGCGGGGCGGGCAGUGGAGGGGGAGGGGGAGGGGCGGGGGGAGGUGCAACUGGGGUGGGUGUUAUCUCGGGCAGUCGGUGCCUGCAGACCGUUGAUCUUCAGAUCGCCAUUCUGGAGGCUCUGGAGGCGCUGCUGGUGGCGGUGAGUGUGUGGGUGGGGGGGAGUGAGUGCGGAGCGGGGGUGUGUAGCGGGGAGAGUGUGGCGGUGACUGUGUGCGGAGGGAGAGUAUGGUGGCCCCUUGCUACCGGAGCAUUGGUGCGUGGAGGUAGACACAGCACUCACAUGCACACAACUCACAUGCAUGCUUCUGUCUCCUCUCCACCCCUCUCCGUCCCUUCCUUCCUCCCUUGCCAGGGUGGCCCCUUGCUACCGGAGCAUUGGAGAAUGGAGGUAGACGCAGCACUCACCUGUACCGCUGCCAUCGCCCUCGGCACCGGCGGUUACGACUCCGGUUUCAACUCCACUCCCGGUUACAACUCCGGUUACAACUUCCCCAGCACGCACGCGCACAUGCCCUGGACGCCCGGGUCCGACCGUGCAAUCAGAUCGCUCCAGCUGGCAGCAUCUCGUGCGCUCCUGGCCUCCCUCCUAGCCCCGUGCAAGUACCGCCCACCAUACCUCGGUCAAGCGCUUAAGAUAUUCCGGCAGGGGAGGCAGCAACUGGGGACGGAGGUAGCUGCUUUCUGCUCCUUUGCUCUGCUGGCUCUCGAGCCGGUGUUGCAUCCCAG